CAAUGGCAGUAGCAAAGUAAACUGUCAAAAUUGCGUGGUUGCUUUGGUUGAUGUAAUACCUAAUAAUUGGUAAUAAGUGUACAGUGUUAAUAGCGGCAUGCUCGUGCAUGAUGCGAAAUACCAUAGCAUUCGUGACUAUUACUACAGCACACGCGAUCGACCGCAAUAAAUGCUCCUUUGCUAAAAUACUCGCAUGUAAACAACGUUUUGAAAUUUGCAAGUGACGACGAACGCUCGUGCGAUGUUCUUGAGAUUAGUAAACGCAAUUUCUCUUACUAUCAGCGAGUUUUGAGUGACAACGAUGGCAGGGACCACUCUGCCUGAGAGGGUGGCGCAAAUAUAUUACACUUACGGCCUGUUUUGUUCGUCUUAUCCCAUAACAGCCGUCACAUUAGUAUUAUCAGUCUUAUUACUUUGUUGUUAUCCGCUUUUGAAUGUGCCUUUACCUGGGAACAUACCAACGGUUGUAACAUUACCGCUACAUGAAAAUGAUAUCUUUGCUUCCUCCAAAGACUGCAGUCAAAACAAAUGUAUACUAGAAACAUCAUCACAUAUAGAUAUCCUGUUCAAUGAAACACAAAAACUUCCAUAUAUUUGGGCAAAGGACAAGCCCCUGUUGUAUGUCCAACAGAUUAUUAUGAAAAUAGGUGUAUCUCCUUGGAAUAACAAUUUAAAAAUGUGGGAUGCAUUUAGAGCACCUUUACAAGAAGUAUUUCGUUUGUUAGAAACUAUAAGGAACCAUGAAGAUCCUGAAACAAAAAGCACUCUACUGCAACAUUGCUACCAAAUCGGGGGCAUUAAACGCAGAGACAGUAAAGCUAGCAUGGAACGCGUUCUGCCUGAGUACAGCUGCUUGAUGCUAUCACCCGCGAACCUUUGGCAACAAAAUCUACAGUCAUUUUCACUCGAUGCAAAUAUUGUAAACACCGUCUAUAACUAUCAGAAUAUUCAAAAAGCCAAAGCUUCAAUAUCAGAAAUGGCGUUCGGUAUGCAGCUCCGAGAGACGGGCAUCAAAAGGUAUCCGCUGCGAGCUCGGCCACGUGUCUUGCAGUACGCAGUCACCAUCUUCUAUCAACAACCAGACCAAAGAUUUAUCUCGUCUCUGACAAAGAAGUUAAGGGAGAUGUAUCCGUUAUACCAAGAGACGCCGUACACCCACGUCAAUGAGUUCACGUUGGUUUAUUAUCCGGGACAGUUUAACUACAGAGAAUUAGUUCCACUAACUAUAACAUUUGUCGGACUUUUCCUCUACGUAUACUUUUCUGUGAGAAAGAUAGAAUUCAUAAGAUCCAAACUCGGUCUGGCGGCCUGUGCAGUUCUCACGAUUGGUGGCAGUCUAGCCAUGUCUAUGGGUAUCUGCUUGUAUUUUGGAUUUUCUCUGAGCUUACAAGGCAAAGAAAUAUUUCCUUAUUUAGUUAUUAUAGUAGGCUUGGAGAAUGUAUUAGUGUUGACCAAGAGUGUUACGUCUACUGAUUCCCGACUUGACGUCAAGAUCCGUCUCGCGCAGGGGCUCAGCAAAGAAGGGUGGUCCAUCACCAAGAAUCUGCUCAUUGAAAUAACGAUAUUAACUGUCAGCUUCUUCACGUUUGUCCCAUUUAUCCAAGAGUUUUCCAUUUUUAUGAUAGUUAGUUUAAUUUCUGAUUACUUUAUACAAAUGGCAUUUUUUGCAACAAUACUCGGUGUUGAUGUUCGCCGUAUGGAAUAUUUUCAAGAACAAAACAAUAAAUUGCACCUAAAAGAAUAUUUUAACGCCAAUAACGCAUUAAAUUGGAGGUUUAGCAAAAACUAUGUGGAGGAAAACAGCUUUUCACCUCAAAGAAUGACAAAGUCUAAAUCUCACCCGAGGCUUAAUGGUUUAGCGCAUAACAGUCCGACAGAUGUGGUGGCGAAAAGGAAUUCUAGUCCGGGUCACCAAGAUCACAGGGUGCCGAAGCGUAUUCGCUUGGUGAACAUGUGGGCGAGGACGCGCUUCUUCCAGCGCGCCUUCAUGGUGUGGAUGCUGGUCUGGAUCUCCAUGAUAGUAUACAACUCCGGGGUCGUGGACUACUUCAUAAGCAACAUAGACAAGCCUGAUGCCGACGUCAACAGGAGAGGUGUGGAGAAGUCAGAGCCGAAACAAUCGACGUACAUAUUUUACAAUAACACCGAUAGAAACCCGCUCGUGUUCCCGCCGCUUCUGGAUAUCGAAACCGAGAAAACUGUCGUCGAUGCUAAUGACACCAUUAUGCUUAAACAUUUGCCGCACUCGCGCCCCUGGUCGAGGUUAUCAUCGCACCACUGGUCGGCUAUAUUAUCGCACUACAACGAGUCAGUCGCGGGGCGGCACGUGGCCGUGUUGCCGCCAGUGCUCGUCAGCCACCGCGUGGGCCCCGAGCUGGCGGCCGGUGUGCGCAACCCGGACGAGCGCGACCCGCCGCCGCUACGCUGGCAGGCCCUAGCAGCAGCGUUAGACCCCAUCGAUAUGCUCCCCGAUUUUGAAAUCAUCGAGGGAAAGGGCCCUCCGCACCAGUGGGGCAAAGGCUCGGACCUGCCGAUAUACCCUACGACACCGAUGGAAAUCCUUCUCCUAGCCAUACUCUGCACCAUAAGCGUAGCUGUUAUCGCCUACAUGAUGGUUGUACUAUACAGAUGUGUGUGUUCGCGUCACUAUGCGGAGUGGCGCGCUUCUUGGAAUGAUGACGAGGAGUACAGAAAGAUUGUGGCGAAGCAACCAGCUGUACAGUUGGUGAUGGAGGCGGUACCUCUCGUGGUGUCGGGACACAGCCAGGAGGUGGAGUGUUUGGUAACAGAUGGAGAGAAGGUUGUGAGUUCCUGUCUACAAGGCAACAUCAAAGUAUGGGACUCGCAAAACGGAGAGAUUAUUACUAACAUCGAUAGGGGGGCAUUCUUCAAAUUACAAAAGGAAUUGUACGAUAAAGUCUCUAAGAAACAUAAUUUAACUUAUGAAGUUCGAGAAGUGAACCACAGCCCUCAGUCAUCCCCGCGCUCCAACGAGAAUGUGCAUCGGCUACGUAAAGGGCUCAGCACGUACCUCAGUGGGCUUCGGUUUCGUUCAGUGGCGCGCGACUCGCCGCCGCACCUCUCCGCGGCAGAAACUACCAAAUAUGACUUCGCUAAGAACUACAGAAAUUUAUAUUGCGGCGACCAACAAGACGUUCUAUAUAAUUGUUAUGAAGCUAAAGAAAAUGUGGAUACAAGUAAUUUAAACAUUAGCAGUAAUCAUAUAGACGAUAGUGUUAAGAAUAGUGAUAAAAGUGAUGAAGACAUAUUCGUGUUUAAUUCUAGUGAAAAUUCUGUAAAUACGCAUAGUAAUAGUAGUAAGACGUUAAGUGAUCAUGGACGUCAUGGACGCUCAAUGGAGGAUGUGAGUCAUGAGAAUGUGAGUAACUUGGACUGGAGAGGUAAAGCUGUCAAAGAAUCUCCUGUGUGGUGCAUGGACUUUUGUAACGACCUCAUCAUACUGGGUUGUGCCGACGGCCGCCUCGAGUUCUGGGAGGCCAGUACUGGGAAACUUAUGUGCGUGUGGUGGAGCGUGGAGGCUCGCGGCGGAUGCGUGGCGGCGGGCGCGACACACGUGCGCUCGUUAGCGGGCGCGCGCCGCGUCUGCGUGGCCUCGCUGGCCGGACACCUCACGCUGCUGCGACUUGACGCCUACAACGCCGCCUCGGGCGCACACGUCGACUGGCAAUUCAGCACCGCACACAGGAGAACGCACAAACGCACGGGUUCUACGGGCUCUCUGCGAAAGGCUCACACACCGGAUGACGAGUCGAUGCGAGCCAGAAUGAGUUUCUCAUACGAGUCUGAUAUAAGUGAUGGAGAAGAAGUGGUAUGCGUCAGGAUAGCACAGUGUCGACCUCACCAGCAGCCCAUCACUGAGAUGCAUUCUGAAGGAGGGCGCAUACUUACCGGUGGCCAGGAUCAUGUUCUCAAGGUUUUCUCCAGUGCAGAUUUAAAUCCACUGUUCACGUUGCAUGGUCAUUGUGGGCCAAUAACGAGUUGUUUUAUUGACCAUGCGACACCCACUAUUGCUGGCAGUGGGUCGCAAGAUGGAUUAUUAUGCGUAUGGGAUUUACAUACUGGUGCUUGCCUAUACAGCAUGCAGGCUCACGACGGGGCUGUGACGUCACUCGCGUACACUGCGUCGUAUGUAGUGUCUGCCGGCGCGGACGAACGACUGUGCAUCUGGGACCGCUUCCAAGGACACAUGCUGAACUCUAUUCACAUAGGCUUGAACUAUAUGAGCCGCAUGCUGCCGCUAACGCACACGAUGCUUGUGAUGGGUGACCGCAGCGGGCUCACCGCGUACGACCUUAGCAGUGGUGACGUCAUACGCCGAGUUCUCUUGGGGCAGAGCGACGGAUGUAUCUUCGUGCGACAAAUAUUACCAUUGAAGGAUGCGAUAGUCUGUGACUAUGCCAAUCAACUACGCAUCGUUCGCUUCCCUCUCGUGUCAAGAUUAAGUGAUAUGAAGAACGAAUAACUCAACACGACCAGAUAAACACACUUUAUAUAAUCAUUACGAUAUCCAGUGUACAACGCUGAUGGUAUACCUGAACGAUAGACUUGAACUGUGUCUUAUUAAACUUCGUAUAUACUUCACAAAUACUAGCUAAAGAAAUACCGUCGAUAAACUGUAUUUAAAAGCUGUUUCCAAGUUAUAAUGUUAUACAAUUAAUUGUUGACUAUAUUUAAUUUUACAUGUGUUAUAUAAUAACUAUCACCAAACUACAAUCAGAAAUGUAAUUAUGGAAUAAUCUGUAAAUAUAUUUUUAAGCUCGCUAAUGUCUACUAGCAUCUGAUACUUGAAAUGAAAAUUAAUUUUAAUUGAAUUUCCUUAUAAUCAUAAAUGUAUUUUGUUAAUGUUAUACAUGCUUUUAUUAAUAUAUAUCGAUUGUAAAAAAAAAUCUUCCAAAUACAAUAACUGUACUAAAAAAACUUGUAUCAUAAAGGUAACUUUACAAUGGGCUUGCAAGGGCAACACAACAUGAAAUAAUAAAUAAAUAUUGUUAUUAGAAGUGGGUCACUUCGGCAGCAAAGGUAGACACUAAAUUAAAACACACUUUGGUAUAUA